AUGCUGUCAAGAUCUGGUACUUGGGAGAACAGCAUUUUCAAGUUGAAAGACGGAUUAGUGAAGUCCAAAUUUGACGUGAACCGUGACAUGAACAAUUAUGAAGCUUUCCAAAAGUCUCUUGAAUAUGUCUUAGCCAAGUACUCCAGAAAGAAUGUCGUCAAAAUUGUUAAUGACAGGUUAUAUCCUCACUUUGACCAUGUGCGAUCUUUUGAAAAAGCUGUGACCACAGCAGCACAAGGGAAUACUGUCACGAGUUUGGUAUGGUCGGCGUCGUUGGCGGUGAUUGAGUGUCUAUGUCGCCACUCAGAGCAUACGGAGGAACUUUUUGUCCAACUGGAAGAAUUCUACAAAAGCUUCCCGCUUUUCGACAGCUAUAUCAGCAUGUUUCCCGGUAACAAGGUGCUCCAACUUUAUGUUCAGGAGAUGUUUGACAUUUAUGCCAACUUUUGUCUAUCCACCAUCAAAUACAUGGAGAAAGGCGCCCUGUGAGGCCGGUCGGAACAAGCCCCAGAUAGGCUAUCGAAGACGAACAUGCCCCGCUUACACAAUUACUUUCUGGGAAGAGACGAUUUCCUCGAAGACCUACACAGAAUGUUAGCACCGAAAGGUACCCUCGGUGGGACUAAGCCCGCGUCAUGUCUCAUUCACGGGAUGGGUGGUAUUGGAAAGACACAAGCAGCUCUUGGAUACAAUCGGGCUUAUGAGUCCGACUAUGAAUAUCGUCUUUGGGUGCAUGCAGAAACACCUACUCAGCUGGCUGAGUCAUUCAACAAUAUUGCGAAGACAAUUCUCCAGAAAGAGAUAAGCGGGCCUGCUGGAUCGAUUGAUGUCGUACGCUCUUGGUUGGAGUCUACAGACAGUUCUUGGCUUUUGAUCUUUGAUAACGUGGACAUGCAGACCGUGGAUGUUAUUGAGUUGGCCUGGCCAAGCAAGAGCAAUAAUAGGUCAUCCGCUAUAUUACUCACAUCACAAAUAGAGGAGCUGAAGCACCGAACCGAUGAUAUAUUUUCUCUGAAAUCACUCAAGCCUGAGGAUGGUGCUUCGCUCCUUCUAAAUUGUCUUCGCCGCGAUGAGGGCCAGGUUUCAAGUAAGGACCAGGAGCUGCUAGAAGAGAUCUCAGAAAUGGUUGGGGGGUUGCCUCUUGCGAUUGCGCAUAUUGGUGGCUAUAUCAGUGAAUCAAAGCACAGCUUGUCCUACUUUCGGGAUUUCUUCAAGGAAAGAUGGCAAGGAAUAGUCUGGAGAGGCAAAACACUUGCCCAGCAGCAUGAGAAACAUCUUGAGAUUGUUUGGGACAUAGCCCUGCAGGAACUUCCUGCAAACGCCCGUCGACUGAUCCAAAUAUUAGCCUAUCUUAACCCGGAUGGAGUUCCAGAAGAAUGGUUGGCGAAGGACAUUGCGGAUGGAAAUGGUUGGUCUAUCCCUCCGGGGUCAGAGAAUAUUGAACUCCUUGAGAUGAGCAGGUACCUGAAUAAGCGUUGCCUCGUGAGCACUGAGACGGUGGAUAUGUAUGGAAAGGACGAGCCAGUUCUUCUAAUACAUCGCAGUCUGCAGCUUGCCUUGCGUCUGAAAAUGGACCAGAACCCAAAAACUCGAGAUGACAUAUUCAAUCAUGCCUUCUCUAUAGUUCGAAGGGCGUCACCUCAUGCGUCGAGAAGGCAGAUUCCCGAUCCCACUUUUUGGUCACAAUUCCAACAAUCAAAUCCACACGCAGUUAGCCUAUGCAACGCUCUUGCUGCCUCGCAUCCGCCUAUUGGUGGCACUAUUGGCCAUGCUACUUUGUUCUACGACGCGGGCUUCCACGUCUGGGAACGGUCCAACCCAAGCACUCAGGAUGGUAUGAUCCUUCUUGAAACAGCGGAAAAGAUUCUAAAUUCGCUUGAAUACCCACCGCUGGGUGCUCUAAGAGCCGAUAUUCAUUGCAUGACAUCUAUGCUGUUGGAAAGUCUAGGGCUAAGCAAAAGAGCUGAGUGUCUAGCAAGGAGACAAUCCAUGUAUACCAUCCGGGAGUUCUGGCUCGAACAAUACCAGACCGGUAAAGUUAAUGACCCAGACAUCGAGAUUUUGUUCUACAACGCGGCAAACGAGCUGGGACUCUCCAACCUCCAGAGGAAUGACUUCUUGGAAGCUGAAGCUCAAUUUGAUAUUUGCUUCAAAAAAUACAAGGAAUGGGGCACAGAGGAUGAACAUCCUUAUGAAUACGCAAAAUAUUACCACAAUGUUUCCUUCGUCCGCAUGCACCAGGCGCGGUAUACCGAAGCAAUCUCAAUUGCAGAGAAAGGGAUAGCCUUGAAGUUAAAAACAGAUGGAAAGAACUCGCGAUAUUAUUGGUUCCAGUAUGACCUCGCGUGUAUAAUGUUGCAGGCCGGUUAUCUCGACGCCGCUCUCAAUCGACACCUUGAGGUGUUGACUGGAAGAGAAACAGUCUGUGGUAAAACAGAAGAAAUGACCCUCCAGAGCCUAUAUGCAGUUGGCGCCAUGUAUUACCAUCUGGGUAGACUUGAUGAGUCUGAGACAUAUUUCAGAGAAUGUAUCUCCCGCGCAAAAAGAAAACGAUGGUAUGAAGGAGCUUUGGCUAGGACACAAUUCCACCUGGCAAAGGUUCUACGGGCGCAGACCAAGGACCUUGAAGAAGUACAAAAUCUGGAAGAUUCAUCUAGAGAGGUUCUGCAGAAUCUUCUCAUGCUUGACUGUCCCGAAUAUUUCAAGGGAGUGUCGGAUGAGUUGGCCCUUUUCGACUGGACUCAACCUAAUUUCGAUGGUAGAUGGACUGGACGGUCACUUCUUUGCUAUGUGCAACAAGCCUCGGGGGUUAUCUAA